UUCCUUGUGACAUAUGCUUAAGGAUAAUGCGAACUGUUCUCAUAUUAUAAUCGUUGUUGCAGAAGACAAUGGCAGAAGGAGGCUUCGGUUGUACAGAUACAGAGACUGGAAGCGUUCCCAGACACAGAGGCCUGUACGGUCGUCACCCUCAGAAUUAUGUCGAACGUGUGUCCGUUGAGGUCAAUACUAUAAUGACCCGGCUGGGGUACGGUGAGGAGAUGAGACGCUGGCGGGUUGAGAAGUACAGGGAGACUGACAGGCUGAUUAAUUCACUACAAAUUGGUGAAACUAUGAUCACAGCUGGCAGCAAGGCAGAAGGGCUGACCUGCUAUAAUGAAAGCGAUCAUGACUUGCUAUCGGUGGCCAACAAUGUCCUCUGUGUGGAAGCUGGUAUCAAUCUUCACACCAUACCAGGCUACAUAGAAGUGUACAGGAUGGAUACACGUGUAUAUCCAGGACACUGCAAACUUUUACUAGAGAGAAAAGCGUCAAGAUUUGACAAACCAAUAUACAAUGCUCUGUGUGAUGAUGGAUAUGGGAACGGUCUAUUGAGUAGCAGUUUAUAUUUAGAUGAAUUAUCGUCGUUAGUUGCAUGUAUUGAUCUAACCGCAGUGGAGCAACGCGCGGGGCCGUCAUUACCGGCUACCUUUGCAGGUACUUUGUGCAUGGACCGAGUAUCCGCACUACGUUGUCGCUGCCCCAGCAUCCUGCAGAGAUGGGCUGCCAGACCCCGUCAUUGGCCGUCACCAGUCAUAGUUCAGACAGUUGUAUCAUUAGGAGCGAUUGUUACACCGGUGGGAUUUAAGGGAAGUGAAAACAAGCACAUGGAAUGGAGGAUAAACUUCAACACCGGUGAAACAGAACUUGUUAACAACCUUAAUGAAACUCAAGCGAAAGUUUAUGUUAUUCUUAAAAUGACUCUAAAAGAUAUACUGAAACCAAAGAAUAAAGAAAUUACAUCAUAUACAUUAAAAAACAUAGUAUUGUGGCAAGCUGAACAUAACCCCCAGACACAAUUUAAUGCAUGCAGUUUGCUUCACUGGCUGCAUGACGGUCUGAGAGAACUUAGAACUGCAAUUGCAAAAAAACAUAUGCCGUAUUACAUGAUUCCUGAACGAAAUUUAAUGGAAGCAUGUGGUAUAAGUGAUAAGCUGCAGAAUAAAUGGGUAGCAGAUAUCACGGACAUGCUAGAAGAAGGUCCCGGGGUAAUUCUUAGAUUGAAGAAGAUACGAAAGGCGAUUGUCGCGUCUCCAGAGCCGAUGUUGUGGUACAGCAAGAAAAGAAUGGAGCUGGAGAUGCUGUUUCUGGAGAUGAGAAUUACAUGGAAUUCAUGGACAGAUGUUAACGCGUAUUUAAAUAUAAUAAAUAAGAUAAUCGAGGUGCAACAACGAAUGCUCCUGGAGGGCAGUUCUGUAAAUGAUCUGAUUUAUAUUUGUAAAGCAAUGUUAAUGUAAUAAUGAAGGAAAAUACUGAAAUUACACGUGUAUCAUGGCUGUAUUAUUAACCACAUAUUAACUUGAAUAAAUGCAGUCAGUCAUAAAGGGCACAUCGACGGCUUAUACGUGUAAUAUUUUCAAAUUUAUGUGCAGUAUUUUUUAAAUGAAUAAAUAUUAAAUUAU